AUGAUGAGCACUACUACUACCAAUCCACAACAACCGGUGACACUAUCAUCCGAUGAACUUUUAUUGCCAUCAUCACCACCACCAUCGUUACCACCACCACCUCUACCACUGCCGCCCCCUCCUCCUCCUCCACCACCAUUAAUACCACGUUCAGCUAUAGUCGUCGAUCAUCGAAUAAAAACACGUACGAGUGGUGUUGAUAUUGAUUCAAAACAAUUGUCAACAACAACAAUAAAACGUUCACAAGCUAUAUCAAAUAUACAAGAUUUAGAUGAAGAUAGUCCGGUGACAUUUGAAAUUGAACCGAGUGAUCAUCAUCAUGUACGAAAAAAAGUUCAUAUACAAAAUACAUCAUUAAGUAAUCGAACAAUUAAUGAAUCAAUGUCAUCUAUUGAUAAACAACAUACGGCAAGUAGUGGUGGUGGUGAUGAAUCAGAUACACGUUCUGAAACAAGUGAAAAAACACCUGAAUAUAUUGAAGAAGAACGACCAAUUUUACCCGGUAUACAUGUUAAAGGAGCAACACUUAAUCGAUUAAUUCGAACAUUAAUUGAUUCAUUUCAACCAAAUGGAACUGUUAUUGAUGAUAGUGAAUAUCCAAAAGUCUUUUUUCUUAUGCAUAAAUGGAUAAUGGAAUCCGAAUAUUUAAGUAAUAUGCUCUAUGAUCUAUUUAAACAUCAUGGAGAUGAUUAUAAAAAAUCACUAAAUAUAAAUGAAAAACGUCAAUUUAAAGAAUAUCAAUUACGUGUUUGUCAAGCUUAUAGUUAUUGGAUAAAAAAUUUUCCCAUGCAUUUUGAUCUUGAUAAACGUUUAAAAGAAGCAUGUGAAAAAAUGGCAAGUCUUAUUCAAUCAUCUGGUGAUAAUGAAUGUAUGAAUUUGGUUGAUCUAUCACAAAUACCAUCAUUUGAUUGGAUGCGUCAAAUGACAGUACGAAAUCAAGCUAAAAAUAAGAUUGUAUCACUUGGUUUUAAUAAUAUUGAAUCACAAACAUUAGCAGCUCAAUUAACAUAUUUAGAAUGGAAAAUUUUACGUCGAAUAAAUUUUACUGAUUAUAAAACUUAUGCUAUUAAAAAUACUUUACAAGAUAAUCCACGUCUUGAACGUUCAAUACAAUUUUUUAAUGGUUUAUCAACAUGGAUACAAUGUAUGGUUUUAAGUAAAAUGACACCAAAACAACGUGCAGAAAUUAUACAUAAAUUUCUUGAAGUUGCAAAACAUUUAAGAGAAUUACAAAAUUUUAAUACAUGCUUAGCAGUUAUUGGUGGAAUAUCACAUAGUGCAUUAGCUCGUUUAUCUAAAACAAUGAUGUGUUUAUCAACAGAAGAUAUUAAAUUUCUAAGUGAAAUGACAGAUUUACUUUCAUCAAAUUCGAAUUAUGCUCAAUAUAGAAAAAGUUUAUCAGAAUCCGAAGGUUUUAAGAUACCAAUAAUUGGUGUUCAUUUAAAAGAUAUAAUAUCACUUCAUGUUGCAUUACAAGAUCGUCUUGAAUAUGAUUUAAUUAAUUUUAGAAAAUUAGUUCAACUAAGUAUUGUUUUUCGGACAUUAACGAAUCUACAAAUAUCAAUACCACCGAUUCAACCAAAUCAUGAUUUAAUUAAUUUAUUAACUCUUUCUGUUGAAUUAAGUUAUACUGAAGAUGAAAUUUAUGAACUUUCAUUAGCACGAGAACCACGAUCAUCUGUUUCAUCGCCUGAUCAAACAUCUCGAGGUUUAUCUCCUGGUGAAUCAACAAAUGAUUCUAACAGUGAUCCAUAUAAGAAAAAAGAACAAGUUCUAAGUCCAGUUUUUGCUGAUUGGGCAGCUGGAGUUAGUCAAACAAUUGAUAUUCAAACUAUUCAACGACAUGUUAAUGCUAUGGUUGAAGCAGUUUUUACUACUUAUGAUCAUGAUCGUGAUGGUUAUAUAUCACAUACAGAAUUUGAAGAAAUUGCACAAAAUUUUCCAUUUAUCGACACAUUUACUGUACUUGAUGCUGAUCAAGAUGGAAUGAUAUCCAAAACAGAAAUGCGUAGUUAUUUUAUACGAGCUAAAUAUCAUGAUUUAAAAGGUGAAUUUAAACAUGAUUUUCAUGAAACAACUUAUUUUAAACCAACAUUUUGUGUACAUUGUACUGGUCUUCUUUGGGGCCUUAUUAAACAAGGUUGGAAAUGUAAAGAUUGUGGUAUUAAUGCACAUCGUCAUUGUAAAGAUCAAGUUGUUAUGGAAUGUCGACAAAAACGUCAACAUCCAGUUAAUAAACAAAGUUCAGUAACUGAUUCACGUCCAAGUCGAAAUUCAUUUCGUAUACGUAAAGCACGUAAACAAAAAGCAACACAAACUGAAGAUAUUAAUUUUUCAUCGUCAUCAUCAUCUGCAUCAUCAGAAAGUUGUACAAGUUCAUCCGAUGAUGAACAACAACCACAAUCUGAACAACAACAACAACAACAACAACAGCAGCAACCACAAACUAUUGAUAAAUCUACACCUCAUAAUCGUUGGCAUUUACGUAAACCAUCAUCAUUAAAACGACGUAAACAAAUUUUAUCUGAUUCAAAUGAUGAUUAUUAUUAUACACAUCCACCAUCACCACAACAAGCAAAUUCAUUAACAACAAUAACAACAGUAAAUAGUACAACAUCAACAACAACAAAUACAAUUCCAACACAACAAUUAAUUCCACGUGGACCAUUGAUUUGUUCGGAUAGUUUUGAAAAAUGGAAUGAUCGACAUUUUACAUGGAAUCGUCCAUUACCAUCAUCAACAUUACUAACACCUAUGCCAAGUACAUCAACAACAACAUCAGAAACAACAACAAUUAAACAAGAUAAUGAUGAAAAAUCAUCUAUUCAACAACCAUUAAUUAAUCAUGAAUCAUUUCUUGAAGGUGAUAUUAGUGAUGAUGAUACAUGUUUUACAUCAUCAAAUUCAAAUAAUACAACAUUACAACAAAUGAAAAUGACAGCAAAUUAUGGUAGUAGUCAAAAUUUAAAUCCAAGAAAAUUAUCAUUAACUGAAUCAUUACGAUCAUUACCGAUAACAUCAGAACCAAAUCAAUUCGAAAUUUUUGAAAGAUUAAGACAAGCUGAAGAAGAAAAGAAACGUCUUGAAGUCGAAAAUCGUGCAAUGAAACAAGAACUCGUUCGAACAAAAUCCAAAAUAAGCUCGUUAAAACGUGAAAUGAGUUCAAUUCAACAACUACAUUUAGCUCAACAACAAGUUCAUGCUCAGUUAUCAGCUCCAACAAUAGUAUCCCCACGACAAGAACAUAACCAACAACAACAACAUUUACAGAUAAAUGAUCAAUCUUCAAUAUUUCUUUAUACAAAAGAAGAUUUUGAUCAACAAAAUUAUCAUCAACAAAUAACAAAUAAUAUGAAAAAUCUUUCAACGUCGAGUAAUGAUGAUUCAUUAUCUCCUCCACCUUUUCUUUUAAAUACAAAUCAAUCAUCUUCAACUCAAACACUUUCCUUAACAACAACAAAUGAUCAACAAACUCAUUGUUCCACACAUAUAGAUUCAUCUAUAUCACCAUCUGAUGAACAAUUACGACUCUAUCUUACUGAAACAUUACAACGAGAAAGAGAUAGCGACGUAUAA